AUCAUGAGUUAGAAAGGUAACCUUUUGUUUUGGAUUGGCUGACUUGUUUUUGGAUCAGCUGAGAAACAACAUGAAGAGUUAUUAUUAAUUGCGAGCUAAUUUUCUGUCAGCCUUAAAAAAACAAACGGUUUCUCAGUACUAGUGCUUUUACCAUCUAUUUUCUUUUUAAUCCAUAAAGAUGUGGACCUUCCUGGGAAUAGCCAGCUUCACCUACCUUUACAAAAAAUCCAACACACUUUUGACUUAUGCUCACAAAGAGCUUUUAAUGGCCGCAGCCUUAUUUCUGACUGUCGGCCUGCUGCUAUCAUAUGUCAGGUAUUUUCAUGUCCAGAAGCUCAGAGUCUCUCAGGUAUUAUAUUUGCCUCUGAGUCUCUUGUCUUUUUUACCUGUUAUCAACAAUUUAAUCCCCCAAACUUCAACACAGAGGAGCGAGAAAGCAGAGAAAAGCUGCAAAAAGAGCCGGAGAACAAGGAAAAGAGUAGAUGCAGAGUCCUCCGCCUCACCCAGUGCCUCAGCCAGUGGCCCCUCAGCGGCCCCAGAGCCAGAUGUGGUGAUAGUAGGGGCAGGGGUCCUGGGCUCUGCCAUGGCGGCAGUCCUAGCCCAGGAUGGGAGGAGGGUGACGGUGGUGGAGAGGGACCUGAAGGAGCCUGACAGGAUAGUGGGGGAGCUGCUGCAGCCUGGAGGGUUCAGGGCGCUCAGAGAGCUGGGACUGGAAGGUUCAGUGGAGGGUCUGGAUGCCCAUCUGGUGAACGGCUAUGUGAUCCACGACAUAGAGACCAGCACGGAGGUGGAGAUCCCGUACCCUCAGGGGCAGGACAGCACCAAGUGUGGACGUGCUUUCCAUCACGGUCGAUUCAUCAUGGGCCUGAGGAGAACCGCCCUGGCCCAGCCAAAUGUCACAUUCAUAGAAGGCAGCGUGACCAGUUUGCAAGAAGAGGACGGCUGUGUAACCGGAGUGCAGUACAAGGAGAAAGAAACUGGAGACAUUAAGGAAAUCCAUGCUGCGCUGACUGUUGUGGCUGAUGGCUGUUUCUCUAAAUUCAGAAAGACUCUGGUCUCUGGGAAAGCUCAGACCUCCUCUCACUUUGUUGGAUGCCUCAUGAAGGACUGUCCCCAGUUUAAAGCCAACCAUGCUGAGUUGGUGCUGGCCAACCCGAGCCCGGUGCUCGUCUACCAGAUCUCCUCCUCAGACACCAGAGUACUGGUGGACAUCAGGGGGGAGAUGCCUCGAAACCUCUCAGAGUACAUGGCUGAGAAGAUAUAUCCACAGCUGCCAGAGCAUUUAAAGGAGCCUUUCAUGGUGGCACUGCAGAACGAUCGACUCAGGUCCAUGCCUGCCAGCUUCCUCCCUCCCUCCCCUGUCAUCAAGCCAGGCGUGCUUCUCCUGGGUGAUGCCUACAACAUGAGGCAUCCUCUGACGGGAGGAGGGAUGAGUGUGGCUCUCAAUGACGUUCGCAUCUGGAGGAGUCUGCUCGAAAAUAUCCCAGAUCUCUAUGACGACAGUGCUAUGCUGCAGGCAAAGAAAAAAUUCCACUGGGAACGCAAGUCAUCACAUUCUUUUGUGGUGAAUGUGUUGGCACAAGCCCUGUAUGAGCUGUUUGCAGCCACAGACAAUUCUCUUCAUGAGCUGAGAAAAGCCUGCUUCCAGUACUUCAAGCUUGGCGGAGAGUGCAUCGCUGGGCCUAUUGGACUCCUCUCAGUGUUGACCCCUAAACCCAUGACCCUCAUUGGACACUUCUUCGCCGUGGCAAUGUUCGCAAUCUACGUCAACUUCAAGUCUGAGUCUUGGUACACCAAACCUCGAGCUUUAUUCAAGAGUGGAGCCAUCCUGUACCGAGCCUGCACAGUCAUGUUUCCACUCAUCUACUCUGAGUUCAAGUACCUGGUGUACUGAAGAGCUCAACACCUGGACACAGAAGGACCAAACUCAGUGGAAGGUUGUCAUAGUCACGGCGUAAUUUAAAGCACAACAAUCCUCGCAUAUGUUGGUAUAAAAAUCAGCGUUUAUGUACCAAACCAUUUGGCUGUCGAGGAUUUUCCACAAUAUGCCUUUGCCUUCCUGAAGAUGGCCUUGUCUUAAUGUCCUACUUAAUGCCUUGUUUCAAUUUGGACAUAUUAUUCAAUAAUGCCAAUGCGAUUUUCAUGAAUAUUAAAUACUGUGGAAUUAAUCCUGCCCAACAGAACUGCUAUGUGGAACAUGGCAUCUGAAUUUUAUAAUGAUUUUGCAAUAGAGCCAUUUUUCUGCUGUAUAUUUUCCUGCUGAGCUAAUUUUGUCUGUAUUAAAUACGGGAAUCCUCAUGUAAUGAUAAUAUAUAUUCUAUUACUAGAAUGAAUCAUUUUUAAAUCGAAAGCACUGAUGAUGGGAUGUUAUAAAUGCAAGCCGUCUGAAUCAUGUUGUACUUCAUACAGAAACCCAGUAUAUUUUCCAGCCUUGUUUUGUUGACUAAAAUAUCUGCUUCACUUGUUCAAUCACACACAUUCUUACAGUAAUGAUCACUUCCUGCCUUCCUGAUACCGUUUCUCUUUUCAUACAUUAUAAGGGACAUGUUUUUGGUUUCUACAUUCAGUCUAAAAUAUGCUGACAGUGCAGAACUCAUCAUCCCAGAACUCAAGAAUGAUCCCUGCACUUUCAGUCCUGCUGGAUGUCAUUAAAUACCUGACGCAGGAUGCCUGGGGGAAGUUUGGGUUUGACGGGGACCUGAGAUGGAAGGCACAACACUCAUAUUAGGACCAAGUCAGCGGAUGAUGCUCAGGCAGUGUUUGUCCUGAGCUGACACAGACGAGGAAGUCCUCACAUGUAAUUCACCACUGCUGUGUUUACUUGUGCCUGCAUUUGGCUUGAUGGGCCGUUAAAUAAACCACACAUGACAGAGAA